UGGACCACGGUUUGGGAACCCAUGUAUCAGCCCGUCCUUCCUUUGCGCCUCCUCAAUAGUGACUUCAGCCUCGGUUGCAGGGGGAGGAGCAGGCUGGGAGGCUUUGCUCUGCUCUCAUGUUGAUGUUUGUUGUUUGCGAGGGUGGCAGCAUCGUGUUGUGUGUUUGUGUGUGUGUAUGGAGAGAAACACAGUGUGAGCGGAGGGUUGUCGACUGGCCUGCCUGCACGCUUCUUGGGGAAUGUUUCAACUUUUUUUCCCGAAAACGCCGCUGAAUGGUGAAGAUUUCUCAUCAUUAUUGGCCGAUUAUUGCUGAGAAACGUUGGGACUUAUGGCCAUAGGGGUCCUGCUUGGUUCGUGUUGUGCGCAAAGACUCGUACUGUCUUUCUGAGCGACGGCCAGUCAGGAUGCUGGAGCUCGUCUGAGAACAGCCCAUCUUUAUUCCUUGUGCCAAUUCAAAGUCUUUUACGCUUAAACUUCUAAAAAAAAAUGCUGUUCUUCGCUUUGUCGUCGGCUCGUAACAAACCUGGAUAACGGAGGAGUAGCUACGUGACAACACCCCAGCACGACGACCAGCGUUACUUUCGUUCGAGGCACAUCUGCCCCGGGAUUUAUUCAGCUGUGGGGAUUUUAAUCAGCCGUCGAUGCAUCUCGGGGUGUCUGAGUCCAUGAGAGAGUGCGAGUACAGCCAAAUCAGCACUCGCAGCUCCACACCAAUGGAGACCCCUUACAAGAAAAGGACCCCAAAGAAGAGGAAGUGGGAGUCCUUCCCGGGUCGGAAUAAGUUUUACUGCGAUGGGAGGAUAAUGAUGGCCAAGCAGACAGGGGUUUUCUACCUCACCCUUGUCCUAAUUCUAUUGACUUGUGGACUUUUCUUCACCUUUGACUGUCCGUUCCUGGCGCGGCAGCUGACCCCAUUUAUCCCGGUCAUAGGGGGUGUGCUCUUUAUGUUUGUGAUGGGGACGCUCCUGAGAACCAGCUUCAGUGACCCAGGGGUGCUGCCCAGGGCCACCCCAGAUGAAGCAGCCGACCUCGAGAGGCAAAUAGAUGUGGCUAAUGGCAGUACAGGCUACAGGCCUCCUCCGAGGACCAAGGAGGUCGUCAUCAAUGGCCAGACAGUCAAGCUGAAGUAUUGCUUCACCUGCAAGAUCUUCAGACCGCCACGUGCCUCCCACUGCAGCCUCUGUGACAACUGUGUGGAGCGUUUCGACCACCACUGUCCCUGGGUGGGGAACUGUGUGGGAAGGAGGAACUACCGUUUCUUCUACAUGUUCAUCCUCUCGCUUUCCUUCCUCACCAUCUUCAUCUUCGCCUUCGUCAUCACACACAUCAUUUUACGCUCUCAUGAAAGUGGGUUCCUUAACGCUCUUAAAGAAAGUCCUGCCAGCGUGCUGGAGGUGGUGGUGUGUUUCUUCUCUGUGUGGUCCAUAGUAGGCCUCUCUGGCUUCCAUACCUACCUAAUCAGCUCCAACCAGACCACCAAUGAAGAUAUAAAAGGGUCUUGGUCUACUAAAAGAGGGAAGGACAACUAUAACCCCUACAGCCAUGGUAAUAUAUUCACCAACUGCUGUGCAGCCCUGUGUGGACCCCUGCCACCAAGUCUUAUUGACAGACGGGGCUUCAUCCAGUCGGACACACCACAGCUGGCUCCACCGACAAAUGGCAUCACUAUGUAUGGUGCCACCCAGUCUCAGCAGAGCCACAUGUGUGACCAAGACCAGUGCAUUCAGAGCACCAAAUUCGUUUUACAGGCCGCCGCCACACCUCUCCUCCAGCAGCAGAGCAGCGAGCCCGUCAUCCUGACGGCCUCCCCUGAAAACGGUGGCUCUCUACCCGGCCGCACCUCCCUAACCCUGGGUGGCCCAUGCACCUCCCUCCCCCUCGGCCAGCCCACCCCUCCGACGUCCACACCUAGCCUCAGCUGCCACGAGGCCACCGACAUGCUGCCAAUCCACGGACACAGCCUCACGCACAACCACAGCCACCCCCUGCAGGAGCCAGUGGCCCACCAUCACUUCCUUACCCCAGAGGAAGUGCCGUCACCCCCAGGCAUGCUUCCCUGCGGCAGCCCCCUGGGCCACAGCCACACCAUGCAGUCGGGCUUCUACAACCCAGUCAGCCAGGACUCGCUACACGAGGACUCAGUCAGAGGACUGGUAAAGCUGAGCUCUGUCUGACAGUGGGAUAUAGAUGCCACCUCCUCCCUUCUGAAAACAUGCACCCAACCCACAAAACUCUUGUGCCACUUUGGUACCAGCUCGCUCUCACCCGGAGUUAGCUUUCCCUUCUCUCCUCAGCAGGACAUGAGAACUGAAAAAAGGCUGUGGUCGAAAUUCAGCUGCUAAGAAAAUGAACUGAACCGAAAUGAAACAAGACGUCCUUCAGCCAGUCUCUUGCCAGGCCUCUCCGUUUGAGCUGGGAGGGAUGUUUUUUGGUGUGGUGGCCAACUCAGACACACUCUUCUCUCUCGCUCACUCUUUUUUUCCCCCACUUCAAGGGAAGUAUAAUCCAAUAGCUCCUACAAACUGGACAGGGGAGUUUCUUCAAAGUGGCGUAUGUCUGUGAGACAUGUCAAGCAAAAAGAAAAAAAAAAAAAGUUUAGACAUGACGUUUUUGGUCAAAAUUGAAUGAAUGACAGGUCUGACCGCGUUUUUUUUUUUUUGUAAAACAGACUUUAGCCUAUUUGCCUGUUGCUGAUUGGACAGCAUCUUUUGCCUUUUUUCUUGGCCGUUCUCAGCAGUGCAAUGGUUGAUGUCAUCAUGUUGCAUAUCAUCCUGCUUUUUCUAUGUUAAAAAAGAGACUGUUGUACUGUACCAUGGUUAUUACAAAUCUUACAAAUUAUUAUAUUUCCUGUGGAUAUUAAUAAAACACCAACUUUUUAUCA